AUGGCAUCUCUCGACGCUUCGUUCAUCUCAGGAACUGACGACCUGACGAAUACGACAGCGUCCUUAUCGAUUACUCCUGAGUCGACUCCAUUGGCCCGCCCUGAUAAUGCGUUUUCACAAAAAAUUGCGUCCAUUCUGUCGACCUCGUACACGGACCCCUCUGUACGCCAGGCAAUCACGUCUCUAGACAGCCGAGUACGUGAAAACACUGGGUAUGCCAGACGACACCUACGAUACAAUACGGAAGCGGAAAUCAUAGCGGCCAAUGGCCUUGCUUUGAAAGACUACUCAAAGCUGAUUAACAAGCUAGAAACAAUUGGGUCGACCAUCACGCAGCUAACACAGUCGUUUAAUGACAUGCAGACAAAAACAACAGUAGCAAACAGUACAACUGACGUCCUACUAACAGAGGCAAAAAAGUUAAUUGACCAAAGGGAUUCUAUUAAGGUUAAGCAAGUAUUGCUUGAUGCGUUCAAGGCCAAGUUUGUUGUUUCUGAGCCGGAAAUCCAAAUCUUGACACAAUCGAGCCACCCCAUCAAUGAUGACUUUUUCAGCGCACUGCAGCGGGUAAGAAAAACACACUCUGAUUGCCAGGCUCUUUUGAGUACUGAGGAUGAUGAGCAAAUGGGUUUGGACAUCAUGCAGAAAAUGACGCAGUACCUGGACAAGGCUUAUGACCGGCUAUUUUUCACUGUUCAGCGGGACCUCAAGGUUGCAGUUUCCGGGUCCAAGUACUAUGGAUUGUACAAGGACGAAAUGACGAUGCGGAAACAACUUUCACAGUCUCUUGCUGUUCUGAGCGAACGUCCAAACUUGUUUCAGUCUGCGCUGCAGUCGCUUGCUGAAUCACGUAACAAAGCUCUUUCGACCAAGUUUGUGGACGCACUAACAACGGACACGCGGGUAGAAAAGGCGAUUGACUUUUAUGCUUAUGACUCUCUGCGAUAUUUGGGCGACAUGCUUGCGUAUGUUCAUGCGGAGAUUGUGAAUGAACGGGAAACUUUGACGUCACUUUUUGAAUAUAGCUACCAAUACCACAAACAGCAUGAAAAGCUUCAGGACACGGACCCGGACUUGGAGGCAAUAGCACUAGAAGGUCUGAUUGACCCAGAGGAAACAGUAAACCAGCUUUUGGAUAAGAUUACUAGUUCGAUGAUCAAACCUCUUAAAACUCGUGUUGAGAGUGUGAUUGCGUCAGAAACACGGAUACCUCUUGUGUACAAGUUGAUUGAUAAGCUACGGUUUUACGAAACUAUGUACAACAAGGCAUUUUUUGCAAAAAACAAUAGCGACCCUAUGACUGCAACAACAAGUUGCAAUACACCCGAGAUUAUGAGAGCCUUGGAGGGGCUUGUGCAACAUGGCUGGAGACAGUUUUCCAAGUGUCUGGAGGAGGUUAUUGAUGACAUUAAGGACCGGUUGCUUGUUGGGUCACCGGACCUGCAGUCUCCUGAGUUUUUGAGUGAAGCUAUGGGGAGUUUAAAGGAGGUGUUGCAAGCAUAUGAGGCUAGUAUGGUGACGGGUACCGGCGUGAUUGUUAUUUCUGGAGAUAAAACGAAUGGUAAAGAGGGCCAGGAAGAAGAAGAAAACAAUAUUGUGGACCCUGGAAACAUUCAAAAGAUCAUUCAAGACAUGACAGAGCCGUUUCUGGAAUGCUGCAACCGGAUUGCAAGCGACUUGCCGGACAAUGAAUCAGAGUUGUUUACAAUUAAUUGUUUGGAUGCCGUGAAGAUGGUGCUGCAGUUUUAUGAUACAAUUUGUUUGGUGAAGAUUAAGCAACUGGAUGGACGUAUUGAAGAGAUUUCAGAUGUGCUUGUUGAGCGACAACAUAGAAAGUUUUUGGAGGAGUCUGGAUUACAACCGUUGAUGUCCAAGGUCCAUGAAUAUUAUGAACUGACUACAACCCGCCUUAAACAACAGCAGGAGAAGAACGAAGAGGAUAGUAAACAACUGAUUUCAAGGAUUGCAGAGCUUAAGGUUGCUAUGCAGGAUGGACCAUUGAGCAAGGAGAAGCUUGCUGAGUUAUCAUUUGGACUGGAUAAUUUUCUUCCCUCUGCGACGAUGGAGUCUCUAUCAUUCUUGUUUCGGUUGGCAUCUCCACGCCUUGCCCAGAACAUCACGAUGCGGGCAAGUCAGAAGUUUGCGGCUGAUUUCUCUGAGUUGGAGCGGCUUGUGCUGGACAUUUAUAGUGUGGAGGAUAGUAAGAUUUAUUUCCCGCGGACGUACAAGGACGUUUGUGUUUUGUUGGCGAUAGUGGACGACACCAUGUCGAUUCGGUCUGUGCGUUAG